AAUAAUUCCUCAUCAUCCCUGUACGAUGCCGUUUCUCCUCACAGGGCACUAACUGCAUCGCAGUCAAAUCUCCUCCCCCUAACUCUCAUCUCAUAGCUAUAUCUUCAUGUUCUUCUACUAAGAGCUGAUUCUACUUUUCUCGAUUUCAGGCACCCCUUCAUCAAACCCUAGCCUCAAAACCUACGUCCAACUGAACCAUGGCGUUGAAGCAUCUCCUAGCUCUCGCCCGCCGGUCUCACAGACCUCCACCCUCUGCUCUUUCCGCUGUCCGAUCCUCGUCCACCGCCGUCGCCUCUUCCUCGCCAUCUACUCCUCCCUCUCCUCCUCCUCCAAACGCCAUGAUCUAUGACCGUCUCGCCGAAUCAGUCAAAUCCAAGCUCAAACAGCUCGAGAACCCUGACCCAAGGUUCCUCAAAUACGGGUCCCCUCACCCGACUCUCACGACCCAUACCCAUAUUCUCUCCGCUCCGGAAACCCGCAUCACUACGCUCCCCAAUGGCCUCCGUGUCGCGACGGAAUCCACUCUUGCUUCAAAAACAGCAACAGUGGGGGUCUGGAUCGACGCUGGGUCUCGAUUCGAGACUGACGAUACUAAUGGAACGGCGCAUUUUCUAGAGCACAUGAUUUUCAAAGGGACAGAGAGGAGGUCUGCGAGGGACCUUGAGGAGGAGAUUGAGAACAUGGGCGGCCAUUUGAAUGCCUACACUAGUAGGGAACAGACUACUUACUAUGCCAAAGUUAUGGACAAGGAUGUCAACAAGGCAUUGGAUAUUUUGGCUGAUAUACUGCAGAACUCGAAAUUCGAUGAGAACCGUAUUAGUCGCGAGAGGGAUGUGAUUUUAAGGGAAAUGGAAGAGGUUGAGGGGCAGACAGAGGAAGUUAUCUUUGACCAUUUGCAUGCAACUGCAUUCCAGUACACUCCUUUGGGUAGAACUAUUCUUGGACCAGCUAAAAAUAUCAGGUCAAUUACCAGAGAUCAUCUUCAGGGCUAUAUACAGACGCAUUACACUGCUCCCCGGAUGGUCAUUGUUGCUUCUGGAGCAGUUAAGCAUGAGGAAGUUGUUGAGCAAGUAAAGAAGUUGUUUACUAAGUUAUCAGCUGAUCCAACCACUGCUUCUCAGCUGGUUGCAAAAGAACCAGCCUUUUUUACUGGAUCUGAGGUUAGGAUAAUUGAUGAUGAUAUUCCUUUGGCACAAUUUGCGGUUGCUUUUGAAGGAGCAUCCUGGACAGAUCCAGAUUCUAUUGCUCUAAUGGUUAUGCAGGCUAUGCUGGGUUCAUGGAAUAAAAGUGCUGGAGGUGGAAAGCACAUAGGUUCUGAGCUUGCACAAAGGGUUGGCAUUAAUGAAAUAGCAGAAAGCAUGAUGGCUUUUAACACCAACUACAAAGACACCGGCCUGUUUGGUGUUUAUGCAGUUGCUAAGGCAGAUUGCUUGGAUGAUUUAGCCUGGGCAAUUAUGUAUGAGACGACCAAGUUGAGUUAUCGAGUUUCUGAAGCUGAUGUCACACGUGCUCGAAAUCAGUUGAAAUCAUCACUGCUACUUCACAUAGAUGGAACCAGUCCUGUAGCUGAAGAUAUUGGACGCCAGCUACUUACAUAUGGGCGGAGAAUUCCAUUUGCCGAAUUGUUUGCUAGGAUUGAUGCUGUUGAUGCAAGUACUAUUAAACGUGUUGCUAACAGAUUUAUUCAUGACAAGGACAUUGCAAUUGCUGCCACUGGUCCCAUUCAGGGGUUGCCUGACUACAACUGGUUCAGACGCAGGACCUACUUGAAUCGCUACUAGACUUUCACCCUUUUGAUUUAUUACUGCGUCUGCGUUGAUACAUUAUUUACUGGGCGGAUAUGUUGCGGUUUCAAACGAAUCGCUGCAUUUACGAACAUCUCUUUUGGGGGUAGCUCCCAAAGUCUGGCAAUUUCAUUUUUUGGUGGGGUUAGGUUUCUCUCAGCAAUGCUAGUAUUGUUGAAGAAUAAAGAAUGCAGUGUUCAGAACUUUGGUUCUUUCAAUCAAAGCACCAUGGCCAUUCUUGUCGAUAUUUAUCAACUGAAAUUCUCCUCAUCGCACAGCGUUGAUGUUCAGGCUUUUGUUAUUAAUUCAACUGCUAGCUCCCCCACCUCCCCCAUUGUGUUCCUAAGGGCUCUGGUUGAGCCAAUCCAUUAUAUGCUUUGAAUCCCGUUAACCUUUUUUUUUAAUAAAUAAAUAGAAUACUAUAUAUUUGCUUUAUAUAAUUUGUAAGUUGUACUCCUAAUUUUUCAAAAUUCGAUGUUUACUUGGUUUUUCAUUA